UCCACUUUUCCGUCUGACAGAGCAGAAGGGAUCAGGGAAGCUGCCGCUCUGUCAAACAGCUCUCCACAGCAUGACUGACUUUAGCCUACAGACGCUACUCACACAAACUCUGCUACUUCAUAGACUUUAGCUUAGCACUGUCAUACAUUACAGCACAGUAUGAGCCCGUGUAGACUUUAGUUUCCUUCAUAUUGUGGCUAUGGACAGCUAGAGUUUAGGCUAGAGUCAGAAUUACCUCGUCUAUUUAGUUUGAAUGAGGGCUGCUGGACGUUGCUGAUUUCAGACUUUAAGAUAGAGCUGCUCCAUGCAACAGCUUGCAAGCAUGGUGUAGGUAUAGAUUAUAGCCGAAUUAUGUGACAGUAUGUUCAACAGGAUUGGCAGCUAGAGUGUAGGUUAGUAGUACAGAAUUGUAGAUACGUGGUACAGUCAUCGCUGGCAUAGUUUGGGAUAUAUCUGCAUCGCUGGACCCAUUGUUUAGGCUCUAAAGAGGGAAGCUGGCGCUAAGAACUGGGACACCGAGGGCUGCCAAACACUCACGUCUGCCACCGUCCAUACUAAAUGCCUGUGCAGCAGGAUCUCAACCUACGCUGUGCUAGCGCAACAAGCUAAAGACCCGGAAAUGGGUCCGUCCAGUAUGCCCUCUGUGCCCCUCAUGGUGGGCUGUGGGGUCUCCUGCAGCGCUCUGCUUAUCCUGUUGCUCAUCUAUGCUGCCUUCUGGAGGUAUAUUCGUUCAGAGAGGUCUAUCAUCUUGGUCAACUUUUGUCUCUCCAUCCUGGCCUCCAACAUCUUGAUACUGGUUGGACAGUCCCAGACACUCAGCAAGGGCCUGUGUACUGUGACUGCUGCUUUCCUUCAUUUCUUCUUCUUGGCAUCGUUCUGCUGGGUACUGACAGAGGCGUGGCAGUCUUACCUGGCUGUGAUUGGCAAGAUGAGGACACGCCUCAUACGCAAACGCUUCCUGUGCCUGGGCUGGGGUCUCCCAGCCCUGGUGGUUGCUGUGUCAGUAGGUUUCACUAGAGCCAGAGGUUACGGUACACCCAGCUAUUGUUGGCUGUCCUUGGAAGGCGGGCUUCUCUACGCCUUUGUCGGUCCUGCAGCCGUCAUCGUAUUGGUGAACAUGCUGAUUGGCAUUGUGGUCUUCAACAAGCUCAUGUCUCGAGAUGGCAUCUCGGACAAGUCUAAAAAGCAAAGAGCUGGUCCACCGCUGGAGGCGUCGCGUAGCAGACUGCUCCUGAAAUGCUCCAAGUGUGGUGUGAUCUCAAGUACAGCUAUGUCCAGCUCUACAGCCAGCAGCGCCAUGGCGUCCCUGUGGAGUUCCUGUGUAGUUCUCCCUCUGCUGGCUCUGACUUGGAUGUCUGCUGUGUUGGCCAUCACCGACCGCCGCUCCACACUGUUCCAGGUGCUGUUUGCUGUCUUUGACUCUGUCCAGGGCUUUGUCAUCAUUACUGUGCACUGUGUCAUGCGCCGCGAGGUCCAGGACGCAGUGCGCUGUCGGAUGGGGGGAUGUAAAGAUGACAGCGAGAACUCACCGGACUCAUGCAAGAACGGACAGGUGCAGAUCAUGACGGACUUUGAAAAAGAUGUGGACCUGGCGUGUCAAACAGAAAGAGGACACCCAUUCAUCUUCAAGGAGGUGAACACCUGUAACCCAGCAACCAUCACCGGGACCCUCUCCCGAAUCUCCCUUGAUGAAGAGGACGACCCUAAACUGGCGACACACCAGGAGGGGGGUUUAGGGGUCAACUUCAGCUCCCUCCCUGGAAACAUCCCCCCUCCUAACCUACUCGUUCAGGUGCCCCCGCUGGGUGUUCUGAACGAGCUGAGUGACACCCCUGUGAAGAAGGAGGUGAACAUGGAGCAGAAGAGGCAGCAUGGGAACCCCAGGAACACAGUGCCUGUAUACCUCUGCACCGAUAGCGGGCUGGGCUGGUCUCGACUGCCUCCUCCUCACAAUACCCAGGAUGGACCUAGCGGGGGAGGGGAGGGGGACUAUAUGGUGUUACCCCGUAGGACGGUCAGUCUAAAACCCCCUCCGCCCCCGGGGCUGGGGCUGGGGGGUGAGGACAAGCCCCUGAACAUCGCGGUGGACGACCCGCCUUUCCCCCCCCCCCUCGCCCAUGACCCUCCACCCGGCAGAGAGCGAGGCCUACCCAGCCGACUUCAUCUCACCCGGCGACCACAACAUGAAUAUCGCAAUGAACAUGAACCGCUCCUACGGGACGCUCAAGCAGCUCCCCAUGCACGGGGGUCACGGACCCCAGGGCCACAUGCACGUUCCGGGAAGCCACGUGCAAGGCCAUGGGCAAUCACUGCAGCUGAAGCAGGGCCAGAGGCCGUCGGUGAGGCAGAUACUAACAGGAGGGGGAGGCACCCGGACCCUGCCACGCAACCUUGGCAGCACCAACGCUAAUGCCAGCCUCUCUGCUGGCUCCCUGGAGAGGAAAAGAGUACGGUACUCUGAGCUGGACUUUGAGAAAGUGAUGCACACUCGCAAAAGACACUCUGAGCUGUACCAUGAG